AUGGCGAUGAGGGCAUCUAUCCGGUCCGCCUCGCGCGCGGCGCGGACUCUGGAAGAGACGAGAUCGAGACCUUGUCUAUCCUCUCGCCUCCCUGGCCGACCAUAUGCCUACGUUCCUCUCGCAGGCGUUCACUCUACUUCCCGCAAGACCCAGGAAGCUGCCGCCCUUCGCCAGGAUGCAGACGUCUUUGUCCCCAUUCCCGAGGCCAAGACCUCCACUCGCCAAAGCCCUUAUGCCUCGCCCGCAGAAUUCAAGGAAUCCCUUCGAUCAUAUCUCGAUUCGGCCCAACUUCUCCAUAAAGCCUUGAAGAACCAACAUCGACGCCUUACGGCACCUAUGCGUUACGAGCUCGCGGACGCCCAAACACUUAAAGUCUACCGCCACAAGCCCGACCAACAGACUACCAAAACCCGCAGUUUUGACGCUGUCUACCUGAGAGACCGCUGUCCCUGUCCGCAGUGCAUCAGCCCAUCUUCCGGCAACAAGUCCUUCUCCACUGCCGAGAUCCCCGAAACCCUCGAGUUUGAAAGCGUCACAGAACAACCCGAUGGCUCCGUCCACAUCACCUGGAAGAACGACGUUCCCCGUGCUGCCGCCGCCGGUCAUGUGUCUGUGUUCCCUGCCGAGGGGACACAAAGCAUGCACCGAAUCUUUAGCGAGCAGCCUCAAGCAUACGCUCCUCUUAAGACCCCGUUCGAUAGAAAUCCCAUUCGUCGCGUCCUCUGGAACAACGAGACGCUGGCUCCGCGCCUGCAGAAGAUCGACUACAAUGAUUUUAUCGCUGACCGUCGUGCCCUCCGGAACGGCGCCCGCGGACUCGCAGAGAUGGGCCUCCUAUUCCUUACCAACGUGCCUCAAACCGAGACCGCUGUCGCCGACAUUGCGCUGAGAUUUGGCGCCGUAAAGGAGACGUUCUACGGCCGCACGUGGGACGUCAUUUCCAAGCCUGAUGCCGAGAACGUUGCGUAUACGUCUUCAUACCUGGGUCUGCACUCAGACAUGCUCUACCUGGAAUCACCUCCCCGUAUUCAACUCCUCCAUUGCCUAGAGAACUCGUGUUCCGGCGGCGAGUCCAUCUUCAGCGACGCCUUCCAGGCUGCCAAAACACUCGAGAACCUGGAUAAAAACAUGUUCAAUGUGCUCAACAAGGUCAAGGUCCCUUACCACUACAGCAAGAACGGCUUUUACUACCGUCAACAACGUCCCGUUUUUGACUUCCUGGGCAAAAGUGCAGCCUCCGCCGAGGUCUGGUGGUCGCCGCCGUUCCAGGCCCCGUUCCAUAACCCCAACAUCACGACCGAUUCCAAGGUCUGGCGCAGUUGGCACAAGGCCGCCAGGAAGUUCCAGGAGAUCUUGGAACAAGGCGACAACAUGUUCCAGUACAAGCUUCAGCCUGGAGAGUGCGUGCUCUUUGAUAACCGGCGUGUGCUUCAUGGGCGCCGCGCCUUUGACACGGGAAGCGGUCGUCGCUGGCUCAAGGGCACGUACGUUGCCGAUGAGGACUUCGUCAGUACGCUGAACAGCCUGCGCAAUGACAAGAGCCGUCAAAGGUGA